UCUGACCACUCCGUGCAUUUUCUGUUGCCUCGCUCGUGAAGUCGGCAAGGUAGAGCAGCAGAGCGGCGAGAGGGUUUCGAAUUGGCGCCAAUUAUUCCCCACAAUCCCGCCUUCUAGCUCUAGGGUUUCCACCCUCUGCCAUGGCGGGAGCCACCGCCGCCACUCCCAUGGACGUCGACGCUGCCGCGCCGCCCCCUCCGCCGGCCGGGGCGGCGGCGAAGGGCAAGGCCCCACUCAACGCGCCCGGGAGGGCUGCGCCAUGGGUGGAGAAGUACCGGCCCCAGUCCCUCGCCGACGUUGCCGCCCACCGCGACAUAGUCGACACCAUCGACAGGCUCACCAAUGAGAAUAGACUUCCUCAUUUGUUGCUAUAUGGACCACCUGGCACUGGUAAAACAUCGACGAUACUUGCGGUUGCGAGGAAGCUAUAUGGGUCUCAGUAUAGCAACAUGAUUCUGGAGCUCAAUGCAUCAGAUGAACGUGGUAUUGAUGUUGUAAGGCUGCAGAUCCAGGAUUUUGCUGGCGCACGCAGCCUCUCUUUUGGAGCAAGGCCUUCUGUUAAGUUGGUCCUCCUGGAUGAAGCAGACGCAAUGACUAAAGAUGCACAAUUUGCAUUGCGAAGAGUCAUUGAAAAAUAUACAAGAAGCACACGGUUUGCGCUCAUAUGCAAUCAUGUCAACAAAAUUAUCCCUGCACUACAAUCCAGGUGCACUAGGUUUAGAUUUGCUCCACUUGAUGGCAGUCAUGUUCGAGAGCGCCUUCAACAUAUAAUAAAAUCCGAGGGGCUCAGUGUAGAUGAGGGUGGCUUGACAGCCCUAGUGCGGUUGAGCAAUGGUGAUAUGAGGAAGGCUUUGAAUAUAUUGCAGUCAACACACAUGGCAUCCCAACAAAUCACAGAAGAAGCUGUCUAUCUUUGCACAGGAAACCCCAUGCCAAAAGAUAUUGAGGAGAUAGCAUUUUGGCUACUAAAUGAACCAUUUUCAACCAGCUUCAAACAUAUAUCUGACAUGAAGAUGAGAAAAGGGCUGGCCUUGGUUGAUAUCAUACGGGAGGUUACUAUGUUUGUGUUCAAAAUACAGAUGCCAUCCGAUGUUCGUGUAAAGCUGAUCAAUGACCUGGCUGAUAUUGAGUACAGGCUAAGCUUUGCGUGCAAUGACAAACUGCAGCUGGGCGCACUGAUCUCAACUUUCACCAGUGCUCGCACAGCUAUGGUUGCUGCCUCUUAACUAAUUGCAGUUAUGUGAUGGAUGUUUUUGUUGCCCUUGCUGCCAACUGGAAUCUGGAGAUGAAGGGCAGCUACCUUUGUGGGUCACCGUCUUGUCCUGUAGUUAGCAAGCUGAAAAGCUUGGUGAGGGCUGUCUUAGAUCUGUAUGCUGCUGGAUGCAAUGUGUUAACUUACUGGGAACUUGGGAGUCUCCCAUGACUGAAUGCUGUAGGGCGUUGUUAAGCUAUGAUGCAUCAUGCAUGUAAGAUUUUAUCCAGUCUAGUAAUGAAGCAAUUAUAACCGAA